CCAAUCUUGGGCUUAGAGGCGGGGGGACAGAAUAUAUGCAAGAUGAUACAUAAGUGCUUCGUUUCCRCGGAGGAGAAAGCGAAGUCUGGUCGGGACUUUGUCAGCCGGGAACACAGGGGUUUGUAGAGAUGGUUUCACUGAAGUGCCGCUCUCUGAUGCCGGUGGCCGGCGCCGAGGCUCAGCUCGCCGUGGCCGGCCUGGCUGCGGUUCUCCUCGCCUUCCUGCUGGUGCGUCAGCUCGUCAAGCAGAGGAGACCCCCGGGCUUCCCCCCUGGUCCAUCUCCCAUCCCUGUCAUAGGAAACAUUUUCUCUCUCGCCACCGAGCCGCACGUCUUCCUCAAGAAGCAAAGCGAAGUUCACGGACGGAUUUUCAGUCUUGACCUUGGAGGCAUCAUGACUGUGGUUCUAAACGGCUACGACUGCGUCAAAGAAUGUCUUUACCAUCAGAGCGACAAGUUUGCUGACCGACCAUCACUGCCUUUGUUCAAGAAAAUGACCAAAAUGGGUGGGCUUCUCAAUUGUAAAUAUGGGAAAGGUUGGUUUGAACARCGCAAACUGGCUUGCAACUCUUUCCGCUACUACGGCAGUAGCCAGAAACUGUUUGAAAAAAGGAUCACGGAGGAGUGUAUGUUCUUUGUCGACGCCAUUGACAAACACAAGGGCAAAGCAUUCAACCCCAAACACCUUGUGACCAAUGCUGUGUCCAAUAUUACCAAUCUGGUCAUAUUCGGGCACCGUUUUGCCUACGACGACUGCAACUUUCAGCACAUGAUUGAGUUAUUCAGUGAGAACGUGGAGUUAGCCGUCAGUGGCUGGGCRCUCCUGUACAAUGCCUUCCCUUGGAUUGAAUACUUGCCAUUUGGGAAACACCAGAAGCUGUUCCGCAAUGCUGCAGAGGUGUAUGACUUUCUAUGGAAGGUGAUAAACACAUAUUCCCAGGACAGGGUGCCACGUGUACCACGCCACUACGUUGACGCCUAUUUGGAUGAGUUGGAGCAAAAUAGAGGAAAUCCUAAUUCCUCAUUUUCUUUUGAGAACCUCAUCUAUUCAGUGGGUGAGCUCAUAAUUGCUGGCACAGAAACUACAACCAACACCCUGCGCUGGGCUGUGCUGUACAUGGCCAUGUACCCUAACAUACAAGAGAGGGUGCACAAGGAAAUUGACAGCGUUCUGUCCAACGGAAGGCCGCCUUCGAUGGAGGACAAGCACAGAAUGCCCUACGUGGAAGCAGUUCUGCACGAGAUUCUUCGCUUCUGCAACAUCGUGCCUCUUGGUAUUUUCCGUGCCACCUCCCAGGAUGCAACAGUCAGCGGGUACACGAUUCCCAAAGGCACCAUGGUGAUCACAAACCUCUACUCGGUGCACUUUGAUGAGAAGUACUGGACCGAUCCGGGCGUCUUCUCACCAGAGAGAUUUCUUGACAGCAGUGGCAACUUUGUGAGGCGUGAAGCCUUCCUUCCGUUUUCCUUAGGGAAGCGACACUGUGUGGGUGAACAGCUGGCCCGAAUGGAGAUGUUCCUCUUUUUCACCACUUUGAUGCAGAGAUUUCAUCUUCACUUCCCCUCGGGAACCGUGCCGACGGUCACUCCUAAACUAGGAAUGACCUUACAGCCCAAACCUUACUCCAUUUGUGCCGUCCGCAGGCAGUAGACGCUGUCCUGUGCUGGAGACACUCCGUAUCACAAGAACUCUGGUUGUUAGAACGGCUUGUGCAAUAGUCCUUUCAUAGAAUUUUGGGUGACUGAUGCCCCUCUACAAACAAUUUAUUCAACCCCAAUUGAUUUCUUUUUAGUGAGCAAUUUGCAUGUUUGCACAGUACUUUUAAACAGAGGCAGCAAAUGGUGAAAGGACAUCCUGGGAACUCGAGUGGGCUAUUGAUUUAAUUCCCUGAGCUCCUGCACCCAGAAAAUGAAAUAUUUGCAAAUGCUGGUGCAAUGGCGAUGACUUAGGUCAAUGAUUUAUACUGUGUACACUUAUGAUGGUUCAUAGCCCCGCUGUAGUCGGACAGCUUUGGAGAGAUAAAUGACACUAGGUCUUCAUGCAGUGUGUGUUGGACCAAACGGGACUAAUAGACUUUCCAAGAAACCGAACACUGUGUGUCGGAGCUGGAGACGGGCCAAGAUUUACAUCAUCUGGACUGACUCUGACCCCUUCUCCAGGGAUGGCACUGUUCAGAAACUCUUUCUCUUAGAAAGCAAAUGCAACCCAGAUGGUUUUCUUAAAACCGACUUUUCAACACUGGUUACUGCUUAAUGGUGCUUAUCAAUAAUGACAAUUUACAUAUAUGUGUAGCAGUAACUGUUGACAUUGUUGUAUUUUUUUUCUGCAAGUCUGGUUCUGUAAAGUUUUUAUUUGUCUGUGUUUUAAUGAAGUGUUAAGAUACUGAGAACUUGUCCUUGUUUAGAAGUAGCAACAUUGCAAAAUGUCUACCUCUUAAAUGUGUGUAAAACUAGAGUUUAUAUCAUAUUGUAUUUAAUUAAUUCACAUUCUAGUUCCGGAUGUUCUGAUGCAGCACUAGCAGAAACCUUUCAAAGGAACUGUCUUCCCCGAUUUCUCAGGCUCAGUACAUGUAAAAAAGAAAAAGCCAUCAUUACUUGUUCCAAUUUGAACCUAAAUGAAGUUUCAUGAUGUGUUUUUGUACCUAUUGUUUACAGUUGAUAGAGAGGUUUUGAAGUUUUGAAUGUGUUGAGAUGUAAAGCAAAUAACUGACCUACUGUGAUGAAACACAAAUGUUGGUGUAAACUUUGAAUAUACAAAAAUAAAAAAAUAAAAAGAAAUUGAAACAUAU